AUGUCUUCCUCGCCCAUUCCCUCCAACGUCAACGUGCUUCCACAGACCCGGCAGCUUCUUGGUCUCUACUCCAUCAUCCGGGACAAGAACACCUCUCGGUCGGACUUCAUCUUCUACUCCGACCGAAUCAUCCGUCUGCUUGUCGAGGAGGGUCUCAACCAGCUGCCCGUGACCGAUAAGCUCGUUAAGACGCCAACCGGCGCUGAGUUCAAGGGUCUUGCAUUUGAGGGAAAGAUUUGCGGAGUCUCCAUUAUGCGAGCUGGCGAGUCCAUGGAGCAGGGCCUUCGAGACUGCUGCCGGUCCGUGCGAAUCGGUAAGAUUCUCAUUCAGCGAGACGAGGAGACCGCCCAGCCCUCUCUAUUCUACGACAAGCUGCCCGAGGACAUCUCUAGCCGAUUCGUCUUCCUCCUGGAUCCCAUGCUUGCCACUGGAGGUUCUGCCAUGAUGGCCGUCGAGGUUCUCAUUGCCCGAGGCGUCCCCCAGGAGCGAAUUCUCUUCCUUAACCUCAUUGCAUCUCCCGAGGGUAUUGCUGCUUUCGCUGAGAAGUUCCCCAACGUCCAGAUCAUCACUGGUGUCAUUGACGACGGUCUUGACGAGAACAAGUGGAUCCAGCCCGGUCUCGGAGACUUUGGCGACCGAUACUACUGCAUUUAA